CUAUUCCCACAUUUGUAUGGUGUUGAAUUAACGUGGGAUAAUGUCGAGGAGGUUGUUGAAGUUGUGAAUAAUCGUAAAGCUGGUAAUGAUAAUGCAAAUGUUGGGAUUGAAGGUGGUGGCAGUAGUAGUGAAGGAGUGGUCGUGAGCACAGUCGUUUCCACUGCGGCCAAUAAUUCUGGGUUGACAGUUGAGUUACAUCCGUUAACUCUCCUAAAUAUAUCCGAUCAUUAUACACGUAUCAAGAUGCAGCAGCAGAUUCAGCAUCCGCAGGUAAUCGGUGCUCUUCUUGGUUCACAAAGUGGACGCGACGUUGAGAUAUCAAAUUCAUACGAAUUAUCGUUUAAUGUGAUUAACGGACGCGUUCUUAUUGAUAAAGAGUAUUUCACAACUAAACAAGAACAGUUUCGUCAAGUCUUUCCGCAACUCGAUUUCCUGGGUUGGUAUACAUUAGGACCGUAUCCUACUCCAGAUCACAUAGAAAUACACAAACAGCUACUAGAAUACAAUGAAAGCCCCUUAUUCUUACAAAUGAAUCCACAAGAAAUCGUCACCUCAAAAAACUUGCCAAUCACCGUCUAUGAGUCAAUCAUCGAUAUUAUUGACGGCCAAGCAAAUAUGCUCUUCAUUAAAGCACAGUACAAAAUCGAGACGGGCGAGGCAGAACGUAUUGCUGUUGAUCAUGUAGCGCGUACCUCGAGUUCUGACGGUAUUGAAGGGUCAUCAUUGAUUGCGCACUUAACUACACAAGGAAACGCGAUUAAAAUGUUGCAUACUAGAGUUAAGAUGUUGCAUCGAUAUUUGGUGGACUAUAAGAAAGGCGAAUUGGAAGCUGAUCAUGAUAUACUACGUCAAAUAGCCAGUUUAUGUAAUCGUAUGCCGACAUUCGAAGGAUCCGAAUUCCGAGAAGAAUUCUUGACAGAAUACAAUGAUGUUCUGCUUACAUCGUAUCUAGCCACCAUAACAAAAGGAACCAAUUCAAUAAAUGAGACAAGUUUAAUAUUGCGACACAUAACCAAGGAAACAGAAAUCGACGUCAUCAAUCAUUUGGAUGGUGAUAGUGACAAGGGAACUGCUAUUGUUGAGUUUAGUUAG